UAGCUUGCGGUAAAUAUGGCGUCUGGUUGCUUAGCGCUGUUCCGUUUAAUCCUGACUUGAUGAUACUAUUUGUUUCAUAAACGUUACAUUGUUGUUGUUUUGUUUAUAAAGUGCAGUGUUUAUUAAACAUCAUGUCAGAUUCGGAAGAAGACAGUCAAGACCGACAGCUGAAAAUUGUGAUUAUAGGAGACGGAGCCUCUGGAAAGACGUCUCUGGCCACACGGUUUGCACAAGAGUCUUUUGGGAAGCAGUAUAAACAAACAAUAGGACUGGACUUUUUUCUGAAAAGAUUAAACAUGCCAGGGAACCUAAAUGUUACCCUGCAAGUAUGGGAUAUUGGAGGUCAAACAAUAGGAGGGAAAAUGCUGGACAAAUACAUCUAUGGAGCUCAGGGUGUGCUUCUUGUCUAUGACAUCACAAAUUAUCAGAGUUUUGAAAAUUUGGAAGACUGGUUUGCUGUGGUUAAGAAGGUGAAUGAAGAAGCAGAAUGUCAGCCUGUAGUUUCUUUGGUGGGAAAUAAAAUUGAUUUGGAGCACAUGCGAACUGUUAAAGCUGACAAGCACCAACGGUUUUGCCAAGAAAAUGGCCUCAUCAGUCAGUUUGUCUCUGCCAAGACCGGGGAUUCUGUCUUCCUGUGCUUUCAGCGCCUGGCUGCUGACAUUCUCGGUAUAAAACUGAAUAAAGCAGAAAUGGAACAGUCACAGGGUAUUGUGAGGGCAGAGCUGGUGAACUACUCACAGGAGGAGGUCCUAGUUACAAGUUCUGAGAAAUGUCAAACGAGUAGUGAAGGCAGAUAUUGUGAAUUACAGUCAGGAGCCUGUGGCACGGACUGUGAAUCCUCCUCGGAGUUCCAUGUGUGCAGUGCAGUGAACCAGCCACAACCCCUCCUCCAGCACUGGUGACUCCCCACAGGCCUGUUGUUCUCCAGGAACUCGAACUCCAUCGUGAUCAUAUCUGCGGCACAGCAAGAGGUUUCACAAACUGACUACACCAGUGUGCGCUGCAAAGCAGCAGGCAACUUUACUGACUGGCCAUGGUCCAGCUCCUGGACCACACAUGAUAGAAAAAAUAAAGAAAAAUUCGACCUUA